GGGUCCUGGGAUCAGCCCCGUAUGGGGCUCCCUGCUUGGCGGGAAGCCUGCUUCUCCCUCUCCCACUCCCCCUGCUUAUGUUCCUUCUCUCACUGUGAAUCUCUCUGUCAAAUAAAUAAAUAAAAUCUUAAAAAAAAAAGUCUUAAAAGCAGAGAUGUGGCUAUUAAAACAGAGAAUUUUGUUGUUUAUUUCCGUGGCUUCUAAGAGCUCCUGGAACACCCAUAUGGAAGACAUAGAAAGCCAAACACAGGUAUUAAAUAACACAUGAAUGGAUUGUUACCUUUAAGCCUUUAUUGAGAAUGUAUGCAUAGUAUUGUAAAUAUCAUUUACAUGAUGUAUUAGAUUCUGCAUCUGUCCUCAUAGUGCCCGUGGUAGGGUAAAAAGACUUGUCCAUGAUAAUAUAAAUUAUAAUAGUAGCAUAUUCUAAUUGCCUAAUGAGUAGACAAAAACUAUGGCAUUUAGAGAAAGGAGCAGUCACUAAUGAUUGAGGUAGUUGAGGAUGGCUUCAUGAAAGAGUUUGGCCACUAGAAUAGGCAAGGACAAUUUGAAGUAGAUCAUGAACAGAAUCUUGACGAUUGUAGGAAUAGCAAGACCUGUUGCAGGAAUAGUAAAAAGACUAGUCAGAUUGGAAUAGAGGGUUUAUGCAACUAACUAGUAGAACUUGGAGGGAGAGGUAAGGGAUUAAAGUGUAAAGUCGGGGAAAAGACUUCUACUUUUCCUUACUCUGUUCUUUUUGAACAGAGGCUGAUUAAAAAAAAAAAAAAAAAGCCACAGCAUUUUAAGUCAUCAUCAACCAAGAAGGAGGCAUGCUGUUUGCUUGGUCAGCGGCUGUAGCUUCUCCGAUAGCCUUCCUCUCUUCCUUCCUUACCUCCCUGGCCAGCUACUGAAAUACCCUAUUGACCAGUUGAAGUCUUCUGUAUAGGCAGUGAUAAACUACUAAACUAUCAAACUGCCUAUUAAAGAUUUUUGAGUAUGUGGGUGAUAUGCAAAGGAAUGUUUUAAGGAUAAUUAACUUCACAGUAGUAUAUAGCAGGAACUGGGGUUAGGGAGACUAGAAGCAAGAUCUGUUGCAUAGACUUAACCAGAUUGCAGUAGGCCUGGCAAAGAUUUAGAAUAAGGGGGUGACAAAAGGAAUGGAAUGGGUGAAAUAGACUAAUAAGAAUGAAUGCUGGAAGGACUUUGUGAUGAUACGGGAAAAGAAAAAGGACAUCUUACAAAUGAAUCCAAGAUUUGUUUGGAGUCCUCGAAGACUCAUAGUAUCUUUCAGUGAGGUUUAGAAACUGAUAGAUGGGCAAGUUUAUGGGAAGAUGAUAUUUGAUUUGGGCAUAUUGAGUUUGUGUUGGUAGUAGGCAUCCAGAGGAAUAUGUUCAUCCAGCAGUUAAUGGUAGGUCUCAGUCUCAGAGAAAAGGUCAGUCCUUAGAGGUUCCUCAUCAGAUGCUCAGAAGUAGUUGGGCUUAUUAGAGAAGUGAGUCUCAACUGGGAUGCCAUAGGCCCCAGGGUUAUUCUUGUGUAGGUAUGUAUCAUUUGUGGGGUUUUCCCCACCUUCCUCCUACCACCAUCGGGAUUUAUACAUUCAAAUAUUUGUUGAGAGCUUUUCUUGUAAUUGUGAAUAUAAUAAAUGCUGAUGACUGUAUUGGGAGUGAUGAGGUCUCUAAAGGAGGUGCUAUCAAACACCAUAAAUAGUUAGUUGGCUGAAGGAUAAGCCUUCAUUUAGGGAAUGGGAAGAGGAAGUGAAGCCAGUGGAGAAUGAACAGGUUGGUUAGGGUAACUAGAUAUCUGGACUGACCUUCCUGCCAAAAGCAACUAAAUGAUCUAGAUAAAAUAUUUUUUUUAAUCUUCUUAAAGGUAUUCAUGAGCUAGCAAGAAAGUAAGAAAUUCAGGUAAAAAACUGGAGGCAAAGAUUGAAAAAGAUAACAUGAGCUUGAUGGCCAGCUUUCACAUUGGGGGGAAUUUGCUGAAGCUGCUGAAUUUGAACUUCUGUUUUUAUGGCCCAGAGGAGCUCAGGAUACAAAGCACAGGACCAUUCCAAGGAACAAGUCAAGGGAGCCUGUCAUCAUCACUUCUGUUCAACAUUUUACUGUUAAUGAUGCAUAAAUCAAGAAAAAAGGCAGAAAAAUUAAUGAAACAGAUUGGUGUGAAAAAUGUGAAGCUUUCAGAAUAUGAAAUGAGUAUUGCUGCUCAUCUAGUAGACCCUCUUAACAUGCAUGUUACUUGGAGUGAUAUAGCAGGUUUAGAUGAUGUCAUUACGGAUCUGAAAGACACGGUCAUCUUACCCAUCAAAAAGAAGCAUUUGUUUGAAAAUUCCAGGCUUCUGCAGCCUCCAAAGGGUGUGCUUCUCUAUGGGCCUCCAGGCUGUGGUAAAACAUUGAUUGCCAAGGCUACCGCCAAAGAAGCAGGCUGUCGAUUUAUUAACCUUCAGCCUUCAACGCUGACCGAUAAGUGGUAUGGAGAAUCUCAGAAACUGGCGGCUGCUGUCUUCUCCCUUGCCAUAAAGCUGCAGCCGUCCAUCAUUUUUAUAGAUGAAAUAGACUCCUUUCUGCGAAACCGUUCAAGUUCUGACCAUGAAGCCACAGCCAUGAUGAAAGCUCAGUUUAUGAGUCUGUGGGAUGGACUGGACACUGAUCACAGCUGCCAGGUCAUAGUGAUGGGAGCUACUAACCGUCCUCAGGAUCUUGACUCAGCCAUCAUGAGAAGAAUGCCCACAAGAUUUCAUAUCAACCAGCCUGCUCUAAAACAAAGAGAAGCAAUCCUGAAACUCAUCUUGAAAAAUGAAAAUGUGGACAGGCACGUGGAUCUGCUCGAAGUUGCCCAGGAAACAGAUGGCUUUUCCGGCAGUGACCUGAAGGAGAUGUGCAGGGACGCGGCACUCCUCUGUGUCAGGGAGUAUGUGAAUUCUGCAUCCGAAGAAAGCCACGAUGAGGAUGAAAUCCGGCCCGUGCAACAACAGGACCUGCAUCGGGCAAUUGAAAAAAUGAAGAAAUCAAAGGAUGCAGCAUUUCAGAAUGUUUUAACACACGUUUGUUUAGAUUAAGAGUAAAGAUCAUUUGUACAGUUCAGUGUGAUCUAGUUCGAUGCGCUCUCUUACCAUCAGUGGAAAUAGAAUGAAAAGAGAAAUGUUCUUCACCCAGUGAGAGAGUUCAAUGUUCCUGACACUGGUUUUAUACUCUGAAUUCUAAGUUAUUGAGAAACAGUUGUUGUAUAAGCGGUAUUACUACUUGUCAGAAAUCAUGAGGAGGAACAGUUUGAUCCAGCGUGAGUGGGUGCUUGUGUUUGACCUCUGUAGCCAUACGUUGCAGCCUUAGAGCAUCUAAGCUGGUCUCAAAGAUGAUUCACUGAGUCAUUCGUGAGAAAGGGGGAUGUGAGUGUGUGUGUGUGUGUGUGUAUUAAAUGUAUAUAGUCACACAUUUUAUAUGGAUAUUAUGUAGAUAUGUUUGAAUACGAAACUUUUUUUUACCCCAACUACUGAAUCAGAAAGUACCAAACAGUAUAUAGCAAAACGAAGAUUUAUGGUUGUGUCUAAGGUACGGUGAUUCAGCCAUUUCCAGUUGUUUCCUUUGUUUCAGCUUUUUUUUUAAGUGAGCAUCUCUCUGCAGUGGAAUAGUUGCAGUCGGCCCCAUCUCCGUUUCCAGAUGUGUCUCCGCUAUUAUGGUAUCAGGAUAAUCAAAUAAAAAUACUUGUUCAGUGAUGAGCAUUGAAUGGUUGUCAGGCAGUCGUGUGAUCAGGACGGAUUUCACAUGGAUUUCACCUCCUUCCGGCAGCACACUGAGUAGAGAUGUGUUUCAGAUCGAUACCCCGACACAUGGAUUGGAAGCCUGGCCCAUGAAUGGCUUUGAAACACUAUGGUGCCAUUCAGCAUGUGUAUGUGACUGUCCUUUUUUCAUUUCAUGGGACAUAGUUCUGUUGUAACCAUGGUUUUUUAAUGUUAUUUUAAAGUUGUAUGUUCUUUAAUUAUGGUCAAAUAUAAUUUGGUCAUCAAAAAUGAAAUGAUAGUCUAAAACAAGUAGCUCUUACUAAAUGUGCUAAAAAUACUCAUUUUGUAACUUUAAUUUUUAAAGUUUUCUUAGCAUAUUAUAAACUGUGCCCUAGUUAGUACAGAUAUACAUAUCAGAAUCUCCAUGUUGUAUCCGUAGUCAUUCAAUGCUAUGUGCCCUACAUAUGAAACUUUUUUUUUGUCCAAAAUUUCACUAACCAGAAUUCUGUUACAGGCACUUAAACACACCGCAUGAGGAGAAUGGCGCAGUAUGAUCUUGAGGUGCCUUCUGUGAACCAUCUGAAAGAUUAAAUUAUGCUUCAUAUAGUUUUGUUUUUAUUGUAUUUCUUUGAAAACUCUCAGUCUUCAUUCGUGAGUUAUUGGAUUAAUUUAUUUGAUAGGAAGUCUCUCACAGAACCUGUUGGAGCGUUUACUCUGUUGUGCUUUGAAUGACGGGUGGGGUAGAGGCUAUGGCAGAAGGCAAGUCACGAACAGGGUGACAAUGAUUGAAAAUUGGCUGCAAAACACAAGAUACCAAAAAUAAAAAGUUUCGUCUCCAUUUUUAA